CGUUCUUUGUACUAUGUUUACUUCUGUCUUCGCAUAGCUUUCUUUUCUAGCGAGACUCUCUCCCAAGCAAGCUACAAGAUACUUCCUGCUCGGAACCUAUUUCUUAACUACCACUGUCACUUAAGACCCUGCAUCAAAAAUGCAAGCUCAGUCACCAGUGGUCAUCGUGACUCAGCCUGGAUAUGGGCCUGUGCCCCAAAACUCCAACUGGCAGACAGGCAUGUGUGAUUGCUUCAGCGACUGCGGAGUCUGUCUCUGUGGCACAUUUUGUUUCAUGUGCCUUGCAUGUCAAGUGGCAUCUGACAUGAAUGAAUGCUGUCUGUGCGGAACAAGUGUCGCAAUGAGGACUCUCUACCGGACCCGAUACGGCAUCCCUGGAUCCAUCUGUGAUGACUAUAUGGUGACCCUUUGCUGUCCUCAGUGUUCUCUUUGCCAAAUCAAGAGAGACAUCAAUAGAAGGAGAGCCAUGCGUACUUUCUAAAAAAACUAAUGGUGAAAAGCUUUUUUUGAAGCAACUAAAAUCAACAGACACCUCUUCAGUGUGAAUCCUUCUCUGCUUUUUGCAAAUGAAACAUGACAGAUAUGCUUAAUCACCAUCAAUGGGGUAAAAGAAUGGGAUUUUGAUUUAUUUUAAAUGAAUGUUUUUGCUUAAUUUUGCUAAAUGGUUCGGCUUAGUUUCUCCUUGCUUUCAUAUCAUUACAUUUCCUGGCUUAUGAAUUUUGUGUUACAUUUCGUAUAUAAAAAAAUAAAAGACUUUACUAACAAGAUA